UAGAGGCUUGCAUUCGCCACCGUUCUCAUACCCUCACCACGUCCUUCGGCUACCUCUUACUUUUACUUAGUGCCCCUUUUUCCACUUUUUUUCUCCUUUUCUCUCUUUCCUUUUCUCGCACGCACACGCGUACUCUCACUCGACAUCUCUCCUUCUGUCACGGUGCGUUUGACUCGCCGUUCAUUCGUUCGUUCGCUCAUUCGUUUCGCGCCUCGUCGUCCAAAUCGCGUCAGCGAGAAGCUGGAUCACGUCGCGCGCGAAGCGCACGUAUAGUACAACGUUGUAACGUUCUGAGGAAUCGGGCCGACCACCAGCCGGUGAAGGCAUCAGCAGCGGCCGCCUGGAGAUCCUCGUCGCGUGCAGCUGGAGGACGAGUGUCGGUCGAGAAGAGGGCAGAGAGAUGAUCGCGAGUGUCCGGUGACGAUACGUAUAUAUAUGUACAUUACGCUUAGAACGGUAGUCCCCCGCAGACAGAGAAAACUUGUAUCGAUAUUGUCGAGAGUGCACGUAUUGAUAUUCGCCGACGAGAGUUUCGUUCACUUCGACUGAACCAGCUGUUCACGUUCGAUAGAAGCGGGACAAGAGGAGAGGCGAAUAGAACGAGGAAGAGAACUGUGCAGUGCCGACAUGUGGCUAAAAAGCGUGUUCUUAAUAUGUAGCGUCAUCGCGUAUACGCUAGCUGGCAGCUCGGAUAUCGUGCAGAUAUCUGGUGACAGCUUAACUCGAGCGAAAAAUGUCGCACCAACGACAUAUCAGCCUCCCCGAGCCAUUCCAAUUCAAGAAUUUGUAUCGUCGCACAAAUUGCCGGAAAACGUAGCGAGACCAACGGAGGAUGACGACGAAUAUGACGACGAAAAGAAAAUUGCGCUUAAAGAUAAUAAGCCUAAAAAAGUAAUACAAAAAUUCGAGAAUAUCGACAAAAAAGCAAUUGCCGCCUUCGAACCUGCCAGGCGUUUUGACUCGGAGGAAGACGAUUCGGAGAGUUUUGCCGAUAAAAGACAAGCACGAGUGGAGCUCGAGAAUUUUAGCGACACCGGAAAGGUUCUGCAGGAUGAAAGAACAAGAAAAGUUGAUUCUAAACGGCCGCGUCCGAGCGAACAAGAUGAAGUUAUUCCGGGUGUCUACGUCAGCGCGGAAUAUCCAACAACCAUGCUACCAAUUCUGACAACUCCGCGCGAAGCACGUGGCAAAGACAGCUCGUUCGACUUUGUUCCCGUGAACAUUAUCCGCGAAGAUAGCAAAGAUGGCUACGCUCAUUUUUCUGACGCCAACUUUGGCGACUUGGGCGACGUGAGUUUGGUGCCGGCUGGUACGAAUUCUCGUAUUCAGGUGAAGAAAGGACCGAACGGCAAGGACUACGAAUACGAGUACGUAUAUUAUUACUACGACGAGGAGGAUGAAAACAAAGCGGGCACAGAAGGUUCGGCUGUGACGAAUUCUUACGAUGUUUCCGCCAGAACGACCGCCUCGCCCAGACGAGGAAGCACAGUGAACAACAGAAACAAGUACAACACCGUGGAGAGAUCGAGCACGGUGGAGCCCAGCAACAACGAGGUCAUUCCGAAUAGAAACGGCAAUCGGGGCAGACAACUGGUCGAAACCGAGGACGUGUCCGAGGAAAGGUUACCCGCGAAUACUCGCUUCCCGCCAAGAUCGCGAUCGAAUCACAACACGGGCACGACGGAAUCCUCGCGAUCGCGCGGCAACCGACCGCGACCGAGUCUGGACCUGGUGGACUCGAGCAGUUUCCGUACUCAUCAGGAAGGUCCCGAAUUUCCGCAAACCUUGCCGAAAGGACCCGUUAGAUUCUUGGGCGUCACGCCAAAUGAGGAUAGCGAGGAGAAACCUUCGAUCAGAAAUCGCGGAAGACCGCAGAAGGUUCAAGAACCCGCCCCCGUGGAAGAAGCGGCCGAUGAUGCGCCGCUACUUGUUACCAGAAGACGUCCGAGCAGCACGAUAGCGCCUGAAAUCGGAGUUGAACUGAGUAGAGGACAACCUGUGCGCUCCAGCCAGGAAGAAGCCGAGGAAGAGGAAAGUGCUUCUUCGUCGGAGAAACCCUCCAUCAAGAUCCGCGUAUCUUUAGAAGAUAAGACGCAAGAGUCCACUGAAACAGAAACUUCGCCGAUUUCUCCUAUCGCUGACACUACGGACAAUCCAACGACGGAAUAUCCAUCGGUUAUGGACAAAGUCGCAUUGGAUCUUUAUGCCUUUCUUCAACAAGGACAGAGCAAUCUGAUAGACGCGUCUAGCAGCGAAACUGACGAAACGGCAGCUGACAGUACGACUCUCGCCGACGAGAUUACGACCGAUUUGUUGACCACAACGGAAUUCGAUACUACGAUCGCUGCCGAGUCUAGUCCUAGCACUACGACAACAACGACAACGACGACGACGACAACGACUACCGAGCCCACAACUACAACAACGACGACAACGGAACCGCCAACCACCACCACUCAAGCUCCUGCGGGAAGAGGAAAGUUCCGGCGACCUGGAACUCUCGUCAGUCCAGCCGUCUCGAGAAAUCGAUUUAAAACCAACGGCGGCAGCAGUACGACAACGGAAGCAUCCGUGUCGGAACCGACGCAAAGAACUCGAGGACGCUUCGGCGGCAACGGCUCGAACGGAAACGGAUUCAAACGACCCCGACCAGGAGGUAAUCACAAACCGAUUGAAGAAGAUACCGUGCAGAAAGAAAGCGCAAACUCGGCAAACGCGGAAAAGCCGUCGGCCGGUCGCGGCAGAUUUCGCACGCCUUCCGGAGGUAGAACCGCCGUCUCGACGACAACGUCGGCGCCGUUGAACAGCGGCUCGACGGCGUCGAAUGGCUCCGCGGCGACUAGACCCACCUUCAACAAGCUGAACAUCGGCAAUCGAAGACGCGGACGACCAACCACAUCGGCGCCGGGAAGCGAGGAGUCCGCGCAGGAAGGAGCGACGCAGUCCGAAUCCACUGGCCAGACUGUCGCGCAAACCGCGCCAGAAACCGUUACAAAAUCUGCUGUUCGUCCGCGACUUCCUGGCUCGCCCGCGAUCAGACCUGCCGUCAUUAGACCGGGUGCUAGGAUCAACCCGAGGCAAAAACCGGGUCAGACGACGACCACGACGAUCGCGCCGGAAGCCGCCGAAACGUCCGUCGAGGAACCGGCUGGAGAGGGAACUGAAGAAGAGACCCACGAGGCACCAGCGGAAACCAGUCCCCCAGCGCGCACGACCACGUCGAAUCCUCUGAACAAACUGCGUAACCGCAACCGACUACAGGUGCAUCCGAAGACAACAACAAAGUCGCCGUUGCCGCCAGCGAUCAGGAGAUCGCCGUUGCUGCCGCGACGCAAAGUGACCGAGGCGCCGGUGGUCCAGUCGAGCCAGGAAGAUGCCGCCGCUCCCGAGGAGGAGGCCGUCUCAGAAGAGACGGAAUCCACCGAGGCGACCUCCGUCGAGACAAGCACGGCGGCCAGCACAAAGCACGAGGAGACACGUGGUCUCGGCGGUCUCCUGGCGACUCGACGCAGGAUCACUCCGACGCGACGUCCGGGUCAGAUAAUCGCGCGGGAUAUAGAGUUUAGGACUAUUAUAUUGCGUAAGAACACUUUUGUAAUUACACUGUUCCAAGAUACACUAAUGAAACGAGAAACUGUCAUUACCUGUGUGGAGCCAAAUCGACGAGCCGAAACGAUGACAACGAUACUGGACGGUAGCUAUCAACGCAUGCACCCUUAUGAGGGGCAGGCGGAUGACGGGGAUGAGGAAGAUGAACAUGAAGAGACGCCUCAAGAAUCAGGGGUCAUGAUUCACGUUGUGCCAGAGGGAAACAAGGCGCGUUGGAAUCACAUUGAAGAUCUGGACUCAUUUUUCACACGAAUGUACCACUAUCAUCAGCAGCACGGCUUUCUCUGUAUGAUGCUCCAAGAAAGUUUUGGUUUAGUGCAAUUCUUUUUUGUAGCAGUUUUCCUUAUAUUUCUCUCUAACUGCGUCGAUUACAGCAAAUUGUAUAAUGAUAGAUUUAAUUAUGCUAAUAGCACAAGUCACUUGAGCGACUACAUAAAAGGUACGGGAGAGUGCAUAAAGUCGAUCUCUUUCGGAUUUUGGAUUCUCAUCGUAGUCGCGAAGAUUUUCUUUGUUCUCCAGUUAGUCAAACUCUUAUAUAACUCGUCGCAGUUCUGGGAAAUCAAAAUGUUCUUCAACACAGCGCUCAAAAUCGCCGAUAACGAGUUAGACAAUUUUACUUGGCACGAGGUACAGAAACGGGUGAUAGAGGUACAAAAAGAGCAGGAAAUGUGCAUUCAUAAGAGAGAACUUACGGAACUGGAUAUAUACCAUAGAAUAUUAAGGCAUAAAAAUUAUAUGGUGGCUAUGACAAACAAAUCUCUAUUACCUAUUCGACUAAAAGUCCCGAUCAUAGGAGAAGUUAUUUUCUUGACUCGAGGAUUGAAAUAUAAUAUAGAAUUGUUGUUGUUUUGGGGACCUUGGUCACCAUUCGAAAAUAAUUGGCAUCUUAAGGAAGAUUACAAAAAAUUGAAUAAGAGGCAAGAACUCGCACGUAAGUUGUCCAAGCACAUCUUAUGGGUUGGUGUCGCAAAUUUUGUUUUGUGUAUUCCCAUUCUAAUAUGGCAGCUUCUUUAUACAAUCUUCAAUUAUGCUCCGACUAUUAAACGAGAGCCCAGCUUUUUGGCAAUGCGAACGUGGUCCUUGUAUGGUCGGCUAUAUCUACGUCACUUCAACGAACUCGAUCACGAAUUAAACGCGCGUCUCAGUCGUGCGUAUCGUCCCGCGUCCAAAUACAUGAGCAGCUUUACAUCCCCGGUAAUGACGGUGAUCGCGAAACAUGUCGCGUUUGUCUCCGGCACCGUCUUCUCUGUGUUGUUGAUCAUAACGUUGCUCUUCGAGCCAAUAUUUUUCAUGGAGCAUGUGGUUGCCAGUAUGACAAUACUCGGUGCUGUGGUGGCAACCGCGAAUUCAGUCAUACCGGAUGAGAAUAUGGUCUGGCAUCCUGAGACUCUUUUAACCGCUGUGCUAGCCCACACACACUACAGACCGGAUAGUUGGCAAGGAACCGCUCAUACGCAGACUACGAGGUCACAAGUGGCACAAUUAUUUCAGUAUCGAGCGGUACAUCUUCUGGAAGAGUUGGUUUCUCCGUUUGUGACAACGUACAUUCUAUGCUUCCGUAUGAGACAUCAAGCUUUAGAGAUCGUAGACUUUUUUCGUAAUUUCACUAUCGAAGUUGCCGGAGUUGGUGACGUGUGUAGUUUCGCUCAGAUGGAUGUGCGGAAACAUGGCAACCUUAUGUGGCAAACUGUAGCGCACAGUCCUACUUCGGUUUCUCCACUGCCCGGUGAAAGUAGUGCGGGUUAUGACAAUCAAUACGGCGUUGAUUUGGACAAAUAUCACGUACCGAUGUCGGAUCAUUAUACUCAGGCCGAAGACGGCAAAACCGAACUGUCUCUCAUACAUUUCACUCUGACAAACCCGGAAUGGAAACCGCCAUCUCACGGGGAGACUUUCGUGAACGCUUUAAGAGAAAGAGCUAGGAAGGAAGUGACUGCGAGUCCUAAUAAUAAUCCCUUGAUAGCUAGCUUAAACAGCUUGUCCGAUAUUGGUUACAAGGAGCACGUAUCGAACAUCAUUCGGAGCACGAUAAAUCAAACCAGUGUACCCAGUAUAAGUAACAUUUUCGUUCAACCGGGCACGUCCGCCACGCAAAUGGCAGGUGGAAUUGAUCGAUCGUCCAGCGCGAGAUCUACCGUACGUCGCGGUGUGUCCAGGACAGAAGGUCCAUUGCAUAAUGAAAGAGGAUUCCUGUACGAUUUGCAAGGCAUAUCGAAUCAGUCGUUAGGUGCUUCAGUCUUUGGAUCUGGGCACAGUUAUAUUUUAGGAAUGUAUACAGAUCCGUCUGCACCUACGGAAUUAACCGCUGCCGACAUGUCUUUGUCUACAUUGUACCUGCACGAGCUUCAUCAUAGACAAGUAAGAAGAAGAGGUUACCAGGAAAUGGCUACUAGAAGUAUAUGGCAGCGAAGUCCGGCUCAAGAGUUAGCGUCUCUUCCCGAGGUUAGGCAAGAAAGAGUACCGCUCUUGUUACACCAAGACUCGUCUUUGAGAAAGAACAGAGAAUCCUAACACUACGCUUCAAAGUUCAUUUAAAUAGCGUCCAAAUCGCGCAAUAAUCGUCAUUUUUUAACGGAAUAAAGUGAUUUGUAUCUCUGUUUUAUUGUAAUAAGUCCAUGAUUUCUUUUACAAUAAGCAAAGCUAGGAAGUUAUUUGACGUUUGACCACUUGUUCGUUAAAACAAAUUUGGUAAGAGACUAUAACUUCCGAGCUUCCGAUAAUAAGUAUAAGUAGUCGCAAUGCACUCAAGAGUGAAAUCGUGUGGACACUCUGGUGUUAUAUACAUCUAAUAAUUACGUCUUCUAAAUAUUUUUAUGGUAAUACUGAUAGAGAGAGAGUAUAUGUAUAUUUCCUUCCUCUCUCUCUACGUCUCUUUUUUCUCUACAUGUGGCCAACGAUUUAAUAAUGCCUAUUCUUAAUGUCAAAGGCCUAUCUAAAAGUUUACAUUUUAUACGUAAAGUAUCCAUGCUUAACAUUCAUCCUUUUUUAUGUUUUGACAAUAGCAGAUUCCAACAAACAUUGGUUUGUCAUUCGAUAAAGUUACGUUUAGACCGGCGCGAAAUUGUUGACAACACAAGUUCUGGGAACAAUUCGUAUCAUGUUUGCUCCAACGAAAAAAUGAGACAACUUGUGCUUGUCACGUUAUUGAAAUCGUCGCGUCGGUUUAUAAUCUAAGUUAUACAGACAAAAUUGAUUUGAAAGUCAAAUCUUUGUUGUUUUAAAAGGAUAUGUCAAAAAUGCAUCAAAUAACAAAUUUAGAAUAUUUUACACAUAAAUGAGUUGAUUGUAAAGACUCUAGUACAUAGUUCUCCGAUAAAAAGUCAAAAAACGUUAAAAUACUAUUUUUAUGUUUACUAGAGACAAACGCGUUAUUUAAGUGUCGAAAUACUUUUAACCCUUCACUUGCAUGUACUGUAAAACAAAGUACACGUUGUACACAAAAAUCUGUAGAUUUACAAAAAGAUUAAAUGUAAAUAUUACGUGAUUUUAAUAACAAAAACGUACGAAGUUUUGUCAAUUUACAUACGCGUCAUGUGUAAACUGCAUGAUUUUGUACAUUUUUGUUAUUAGUAGUGUAUGAUAAUUCAGACUUUUUUUUACAGUGUGAUGGCAUUUGUGAGCGACUCCAUAUCUUAUUUCAAAAUGUGCAAAAUCUAAAAAAUCUAAGUGGAAAUUUAUUUUGUGUUAUAAAUGUGAUGGAAAAUUUUUGAGUUCUUUCUAUAUUUUUUCUCAGUUAAUUAAUCAAAGCAAAAUAUUUUUAUUUUAAAGCAAAAUAUAUUUAUUUAAAUUUUUAUUUCUAAAAAUAUUCGCGUAAUAUUCGUAAAAAUUCAUGAUGUUAUUAUAUUUGAUGAAGAAUAACGUUUUAGGUGGGAUUUCACAGAUCUCAUCCGGCAUAAGACGUAAUUAUUUUGUAUCAAGCGUGUGAAGGGUUAACAUCACCUCCCAAUGCCACGAUUCUCUAGUCAUACGAAAUUAACAUCGCGCCGUAGCAUAUUUUUCUCUUUUUAGAAGUGAUUCUAUUUAUUGCCGACGUUUUAUUUGUAUUAAUAAGAUACUUUAUAUACAUAUAUAUGACGACGGCUGCAUAUUGAUGGCUAGGGUAUCUCGUAAAAUGUGUACAUAAAAUCGCGAUAUUUUCGCUAAUGCCGCGGUAAAGAUACCUUGUUGGAGGAUCGGUUCCGCGAUCUUGUCCUUUGACACUUUUAACGUCGAGGUUGUUACGAAGUAGGUUUAAGAAACAAAUUUAGACCAUUUACUUAUUCUUUGGUUUAAGAUAUUUAGAAACUUAAAACGAAACUGAUCAUUUUUAAGCGAAUUAACGUAUAACGAGUAACAUAUUGAGGAGAUACGUUUUGCUAAAUCUUAUAUCGAUGUGAUUAUUGUAAAAUGGGAAAUUAGUGCUGAGAGGCAUCUGUAAUUAUAUCAUUAUAUCGAAAAUAAAUAAUAAAUUUCAU